AUGGCUGGAAUCGCUGCUGGUCGUUUGCUAUACGAAAGAAGGGAUUGGCUCAGAAAUCCUCUUCCUGAUUUUAUUGCAAGACCGAUUUUGGACGUUAACGGACUGAAUUUAUUCAAUUGGGAAUGUGCCAUUCCUGGACCUAAGGGCACAAUUUGGGAAGGAGGAUUGUUCAAACUUCGAAUGAUUUUCAAAGAUAAUUUUCCUCUAAUUCCUCCAAAAUGUCGUUUUGAGCCGACAAUCUUCCAUCCAAACGUCUUUCCGAAUGCUAUUGCUUGUCUGAGACUUUUGUACGAAGACUGGCGUCCAACAGUCACCAUCAAACAAGUUUUGCUGGCAAUUCAAGAUUUGUUGGUUAAUCCAAACCUGGAGGAACCUGUUCAGGCUGAGGCCUAUUUAAUUUGUACCAAAAACCGGCAGGAAUAUGAACGUCGUGUGCGCGAACAAGCUCAACGUUUUUCUUGGGAAGUGGUGGAAAUGGAAAUGUUUGGUUAA